CAACUGAGAUUCUCAAUCUAUAUCUCCUCCGCCAAACUCUCCCUCCUCCAACAACUUUUGAACCCGCCCUUUCUACCCACCCACUCGAAAACGCACAGACACACGGAAUCCCAGAGAAUACCAGGAUCCAAGAACCAUGGCUACCAGCUCAAUUUCUCGCGUAGCAAAAAAUCCCACCAAUUUCAGUAUAAGAAAUGUUGAAUCCCAGAAAAAAUCAAUCUUUUCACGCCACCUUUCAUUCUCCAAUUCAUCCAUUUCCCUUCAAAAACUGUCACUUGUUAAGGGUUCCUAUUUUUCAAGAAACUUCCACACCACACCAGUAUUCAAUGUCCUCGAAACCGUGGAAUCAAAGUCCGAUUUGUUGUCAAGAACCCAGUAUCCCGAUAACGUUGUCAGAACUGAAAGGCCCACAAUCCUCGUCUCCGAGAAACUCGGGGAAGCGGGAUUGGAUUUGCUAAGAACAUUCGGAAAUGUUGAUUGUUCAUAUAAUUUAUCCCCUGAGGAAUUGUGUGCCAAGAUUUCGUUGUGUGAUGCGUUGAUCGUGAGGAGUGGGACUAAGGUUACGAGACAGGUUUUUGAGGCGGCAAAGGGGCGGCUUAAGGUGGUCGGGAGGGCGGGUGUUGGCAUUGAUAAUGUGGAUCUGCAGGCGGCGACGGAAUUUGGGUGUCUUGUGGUCAAUGCCCCCACCGCUAACACCAUUGCUGCGGCAGAGCAUGGCAUUGCUUUGCUUGCUUCCAUGGCGCGUAAUGUUGCGCAAGCCGAUGCGUCCAUGAAAGCUGGAAAAUGGCAACGCAACAAGUAUGUUGGUGUUUCUCUGGUUGGGAAGACAUUAGCAGUCAUGGGAUUUGGUAAGGUUGGUUCUGAAGUUGCAAGACGUGCAAAGGGACUCGGCAUGCAUGUUAUUGCACAUGACCCUUACGCUCCAGCUGAUAGAGCACGUGCUAUUGGUGUGGAGUUGGUCUCUUUUGAUCAGGCUAUCUCCACUGCAGACUUCAUUUCACUCCAUAUGCCUCUUACUCCUUCAACUAACAGGGUAUUUAAUGAUGAGACCUUUUCAAAGAUGAAAAAGGAUGUCCGCAUCAUAAAUGUAGCUCGAGGUGGUGUUAUUGACGAAGAUGCCUUAGUGAGGGCCCUUGAUAAUGGAACAGUUGCACAGGCGGCACUUGAUGUGUUCACAGAGGAGCCCCCACCUAAGGACAGCAAAUUAGUCCAACACGAGAAUGUUACUGUUACACCACAUCUUGGAGCUAGCACAAAGGAAGCGCAGGAAGGAGUUGCAGUCGAAAUAGCUGAGGCAGUUGUUGGUGCACUGAGAGGGGAGCUUUCUGCUACUGCAGUCAAUGCUCCUAUGGUUCCUCCCGAGGUCUUGUCAGAAUUGGCUCCUUAUGUAACACUGGCUGAGAAACUGGGUAGGCUAGCUGUACAGUUAGUUGCUGGAGGAAGUGGAAUUCAAUCUGUGAAGGUGGUCUACGAAUCAGCUCGAGAUCCAGCUAACUUGGACACCAGACUUCUUCGUGCCAUGAUCACGAAGGGCAUUAUUGAGCCUAUAUCCGACUCCCAUAUCAACCUCGUCAAUGCAGAUUUCACUGCCAAACAAAAGGGUCUCCGAAUUAGUGAGGAACGAGUUUUGGUGGACUCGUCAUCUGAAAAUCCUAUUGACUCGAUCCAGGUACAAGUUAGUAACGUGGAGUCAAAAUUUGCAAGCGCUUUGACAGAGAAUGGAUACAUUAGCAUUGAUGGGAGAGUUAAGUAUGGGAUACCUCAUCUAACGCGUGUAGGAUCAUUUGAAGUUGAUGUCAGUUUGGAUGGAAAUCUCAUACUAUGCCGUCAAGUAGAUCAACCGGGAAUGAUUGGACGAGUCGGAAACAUCCUUGGAGAGCGUAAUGUUAAUGUGAGCUUUAUGAGUGUGGGAAGAACUGCUAAGAGGACAAAGGCCAUAAUGGCAAUUGGAGUAGAUGAAGAACCUGACAAGGAUACGCUUAAGAAGAUUGGCGAAGUUCCUGCAGUUGAAGAGUUUGUUUUUCUGGAACUUUGAAAGCACACAUUUCUUGGAAAUGAGGUUGAAGCGUGGACCUAUGUCAAGAAUAAAUAGCAGCUACUCACCGAAAAGCGGCAGAUUCUUCCUGUCUCCGUCUGUUCAUGGAAUUUUUAUAAUUUAAGUUGCCCUGUUCGUAAUGAAGGGAUGCACUAUCAUCGUUUUUAAUAGAUUGAAAGCAUAUUAUGGUUUCAUAUGUUGUUGUCAUUGUUUAGAGCUAGAAGUUGUGUUUAUGGGAUGCUGGUGUUAAUUUAAGAAGUUGAACGUUUCGGAUUAGGUGAAGUACUCUUUCAUUUGUAAUUCUCUUUUGAUCAAAUUGUUUAAAUAUUGCUUUGCAUU